AAUCCCUCCUUUACCUGUAAGAGGUUAAGCAGCUCAAAUAACCUGGUUGGCACCUGACCAAAAAGGGAAGAAAAUCCUUUCAAAUCUGGGGGCGGUGGGAGGGAGUUUUUUGUUGGUGCUCUCUUUGUGGGUUCUCUCUCGGACAGACAGGGACCAGGGCAGGAAAAAAACAUCUCCUAAAACCCUACCUGAAAUAAGCAUCUAAGAUUACAAAUUAUUUGCAGUGAAUCCUCCAAGAAAUGGCCACACAACUCAGACCAGCCAGUAAGAAAUGCACCGUGAUAGGUGGCUCAGGAUUCUUAGGCCAACACAUGGUGGAGAGGCUGCUGGAGAAAGGCUACACAGUCAAUGUGUUUGAUAUCCAAAAGGGGUUUGAGAAUGAUAAAGUGCAGUUUUUCCUGGGAGAUCUCUGCAGUAAAAAGGACCUGUUCCCAGCUCUACAAGGUGUGACAGUGGCUUUUCACUGUGCUUCACCAGCACCUUCCAGUGACAACAGGGAUCUGUUUUACAAGGUGAAUUUUAUGGGGACCAAAACUGUCAUUGAAGCCUGCAAAGAAGCUGGGGUUCAGAAACUGGUGUUAACCAGUAGUGCCAGUGUAGUCUUUGAGGGCACAGACAUCAAGAAUGGAACAGAAGACCUCCCUUAUGCAAAGAAGCCCAUCGACUACUAUACAGAGACCAAGAUCCUGCAGGAGAAGGAAGUGUUAAAUGCUAAUGACCCAGAGGAUAAUUUCUUCACAACUGCCAUUCGCCCUCAUGGGAUAUUUGGUCCCAGGGACCUCCAGCUGGUUCCCAUCCUCAUUCAGGCAGCUAAGAGUGGCAAAAUGAAGUUCAUGAUUGGGGAUGGGAAGAACCUAGUAGACUUUACUUUUGUGGAAAAUGUGGUCCAUGGGCACAUACUAGCUGCAGAGCAUCUUCAUAAAGACUCUCCCCUGUGUGGGAAGGCAUUUCACAUCACAAACGAUGAGCCAGUCCCUUUCUGGUCAUUCAUGUCCCGUAUCUUGACUGGCUUGAACUACGAUGCACCCAAAUACCAAAUACCCUAUUGGGUGGCAUAUUACUUAGCCCUCUUACUGUCUCUGGUGUUGCUGCUGCUGAGUCCACUCAUCACGAUCAAACCUACCUUCACCCCCAUGCGGGUAGCAUUAGCUGGGACAUUCCAUUACUACAGUUGCAAGAGGGCCAAAAGGGACAUGGGCUACAAGCCGGUGGUGAGCCUGGAUGAAGCAGUGGAGAGGACUAUCCAGAGCUAUUCCCACCUACGCCGGGCCAAGUAAGGAAACCCAGAGAAACCCCUCUAGCUAAUAAAUUUAACAAGGGCAUUGAAGAGAUCUGUAUUCUCUGGACAGAUGAACCUUUCCUCAAGCCUCUCCUAGGAAUAACAAGUUUCUCUGGAUUGAAGGACUUCAUCCUGUAGUUGUACUAACAGUCCGUACCUCUCUGUGACUGCUUUGUGUGACAGCCUGUUCUAAAAUAGUUAUUGGCUGCUUCUCUGUUUGAAUAAACACCCUAAUGUUUCCUUGUAAAAUAGUGAGCUAGCACACCCAGAUUCCAUCCCCUGCUGUCUCUGCCCAUAACUUCUAUUUUGCUGCUUUGGUGACUAUGCCAGCCUUUCCUAAUGGCUGUGGAUUGAGUAACAGAAUAGGCACAGGAGGAAGUGGGCGAGCAAGCUGCUGGACCACCUCUGGGUGCGGAGGACCCCUUGCUACCGGCUUCCUCCUCGGUGUCGCCAGACGAGGCUAUAGUGGGGCCCUCUCCACUGGUUCCCCAGGAUGAUGCCAAGGCACAUCAGAAGCUGUUAGAGGGUCGCCGCCAACCUGGGCCUCUAGGCGGAGGAGUUAAAGGAGCCCGCAGACUCUCUCUGAUGUUCUCUGCCCCGUAGCUGCGGCCAGGGUAGCUUUGGCUCUACAUGAGGGGGUCACAAAAAUUACAAAUGCCCUCUGGCAAGCCCCCUCCUCCUUGCCUCCGAUCUCCAAGAUAGCGGAGCACAAGUACUUUAUGCCAUCCAAGGGUCACAGGUACCUUUAUACCCACCUUUAUACCCACCCUGCUCCCAAUUCCCUAGUGGUAGAGGCAGUCAGCCACAGAGAGAGACUGCGUCAACCGCGGGCUACCCCUAAGAAUAAAGACUCAGACUAGACCUAUUUGGGCAUAAAGUUUAUUCGUCCUCCGGUCUAUAGUUGUGGGUGGCCAACCAUCAGGCCCUACUAGGCCGCUAUGAUUUUAAUAUGUGGCAGGCCAUGACCAAGUUCAAGAGCUCCCUUCCUGAGGCUUCUAGGAAGGAGUUCCAGGCAGUCCUGGAUGAGGGCUUGACUACAGCCAGACAACUCUCCAGGCAGUGGUGGACGGGGCAGACACCGCUGCCCAUACCAUGGCAUCAGCCAUCAUGUUGGGCAGGGUUUCUUGGCUGCUCCACUCUGGGCUUUCCUUGGGUGCUCAGCAGUCAAUGCAAGACCUCCCUUUUGACAGGCACACCCUGUUUGCAGAACAGAUGGACAAUAAACUCCAUGGUCUGAAAGAUUCCUGCAUGACCCUGAAACACUGGGCUUGUACAUCCCCUGCCCUUCCUGCAAGUGGCUUAGUCCACAGCAGUCUCAAAGCCAGGGGAGCCACCCUCGCCAGGAGCCUCCCCACAAAAAAAUCCAGGGGCUACAAGAGAUGACCUGGCCACCAACCCCUGUUUACAUCCCAGUCGAGCUCGACCCGCAGUUAGCAGAUAGGCAAGCACCUGUUUUGAGGGUAUGCCCCAGGGCGACCUACCGGACUGUUUUCUGGAUCCUUCCUCCCCUCUAUUUGCCAACUGCCUUUCUUCCUUCCUCCCUGCAUGGGUGUCUAUAACAUUGGACCGAUGGGUCCUCAAUAUGGUGGUGCAGGGUUACACCCUUCAGAUACUUUCUACCCGCCCUUCCCACCCCUCCUCCCAAUAUCUCUUCAGGGACCCUUCUCGCAAGAGUCUUCUCUCACAGGAGGUAGAGGGUCGACUGCAGCUGGGUGCAGUGGACCUCGGCUGGGGGCACACCUCAGCAGCCUCCAGACCCAAGGUAUGUGGUCUCCAGAGGAAUCAACGCUACACAUAAAUGUCAAAGAGCUCAGGGUGGUGUGCAGAGCAUGCGUGGUCUUCCUACCUCACCGAUUGGGCAGAGUAGUCAGAGUCCUCAGCCUAAAUGUUCUACAUCAACAGUCAAGGCAGAGCAUGAUCCUUGGCCCUCUGCCAAGAGGCACUCCGUCUCUGGGACUUCUGCAUCGACCACGGAAUCCAUCUAGAAGCGUGUCACCUGCCGGGUGCCAGGAACAUGGUAGCAGAUCACCUAAGCGGGGACUCUCACCACGAGUGGGUGUUCCACCCAGAGGUAGCUGGCAUGAUCUUCCAGAAGUGGGGAACUUCACAAGUGGAUUUGUUCGUCACCAGGCAGAAUAGGAGGUGCCACAGGUUCUGCUCCAGAUGGGGUCUGGGCAAGGGUUUCCUCUUCGACGCCUUCCUCCUGCCAUGGGCAGGAAUCCUGAUUUAUACGUUCCCUCCCGAUUCCGCUCAUCAACAAGGUCCUAGCAAAAAUCAAGCGGGACAAGGCACAGGUUAUCAUGAUCAACAUUGAUUUGGCAUGCUAUUGAACUUGGCAGCAGUCCCCCUGUGAUCCCUGCUGGAUCGACCAGACCUCCUGUCACAGGACCAUGGUUGCCUCUUACACCCCAACCUUGCAUCUCUCCAGCAUGGAUGCUGUGUGGCUGAAUCCUGAAGAACGGACCUGUUUGGAAGUAGAAAACCCUUGACCAGACAGAUCUACCUGGCAAAGUGGAUGAGUUUUUCCCACUGGGCGGCCGAAUGGGGCAUCUCUCCAUCGCAUUCUUUGGUGCAGUCAAUCUUAGACUACCUGCUUCAUUUGAGGAACCAGGACCUGGCACACUCCUCUCUCAAGGUGCAUUUGGCAGCCAUAUCCGCCUUUCAUUUCCCCGUCCAAAGGCAGACUGUUUUCUCCCAUGACGUGAUGGUUAGGUUCCUCAGAGGUCUUGAGAGACUUUUUCCUCAAGUUCGGUCCCCAGUCCCUCUGUGGGAUGUCAACUUGGUUCUGUCCAGGCUCAUGGGCCCACCCUUUGGCCUCGUGCUCUCUGUCUCACCUAUCGUGGAAGAUAACUUUUCUGGAGGCAGUAAUGUCGGCACCUGGCCUUCCUUAGCAAGGUGGUGUUUGCUUUCCACAUGUGCCAGAACAUCUUCCUUCCGGUCUUCUGCCCUAAGCUCCAUGAGACUAGUGAAGAGAGGCGCCUCCACGCUUUGGACGUAAUAAGGGCCCUGGCUUUCUACCUAGCUCGGACAAAGCCUUUCCAUAGGUCAACUCCACUUUUCAUCUCUACAGCGGAUAAGAUGAAGGGCGUCUGGUGUCCACACAGAGGAUUUCUAACUGGAUUACUGCUUGCAUAAGGGCUUGUUAUGAGCUGGCAGGGGCCCCACCACCGAUCGUCAGAGCUCACUCGCCUAGAGUGCAGGCAUCCUCGGCAGCCUUCCUGGCAGAUGUUCCGAUCCAGGACAUCUGUAAAGCCUGUAUGUGGUCUUCGGUACACACAUUCGCAGCCCACUAUGCCAUCACACAGCAGGCCAAGUACGAUGCUGGGUUCGGCAGAGCUGUAUUGCAAUCUACAUGUCCGUGAACUCCUUACCCACCUCCAUGGGUACGGCAUGGAGUCACGUAAGUUGAAUGGACAUGAGCAAUCAUUCGAAGAAGAAAAGACAGUUAGUUACCUUUUUCCAUAACUGGUGUUCUUUGAGAUGUAUUACUCGUGUCCAUUCAAUGACCCCCCCCCCCUUCUUCCCCGCUGUUAAAAUUUUCGGCAAGAAGGAACUGAGGGUGGAGGGAGCCGGCGGCAUAUGCAUUCCACUCUAGGGGGCACCAGAGCUGGUCCCCUACAGAUAUUGCUAUGGGAAAAACUUCUAGGACCAGUGCAUGGGGCGAGCACACACACCUAAGUUGAAUGAGCAACACGUCUCGAAGAACACCAGUUAUGGAAAAAGGUAACUGUCUUUUGCAACCCCCAAGAGUGAAAUUUAAAGUUUGGAUUCUAGACCACCAUCCUUUGGCAACGAGUGGCCUCUGUGACAUGCUGUGGUGCCUGAGUAGACAGGACUGUGGCUGUGCUGAAACCUCUUGGGUCCAUAUCCUGCCUCUAGCUUCAGUUGGAGCCAGGUGCCCUCAUCCAUGGGCUGCCCUGGGUUUUACUCUGCAUGUGCGACAAUGACACAAUAGUGUUAGCACUAACUAGUGACUAAAGUGGAGCCAUCCUUUACUCCAUGUAUUUGUAACAGUGGCGGGCAUGAGCACCAGUUCUCUUAUCCUUUAGUAAGCAAAGGGUGUGCCCUGUCCCUGUCCCUCGUAACAAUCUUGGGUUUUUCCUGUAACCAGAAUAUGCCAUGACACUGCCAAACCACAGUUGUUACUCAUUUCAGUACUGCAUGGUCCUGCAGAGAGCAUAAUGGGAAAACAAGCGUCCCUUCUCAAAGCUUACACCUAAAUUAAACUUCUUUGCCAUUAUCUACCUCUUUGCCCUCCCUGGCUCUCCAAUUCUGUGUUGGUUCCCUGCCAACUUGUAUCCUACCACAGUGGAAUGCACCUGCAAUAGUGAGGUCUGCCACUUUGGGGUGGGGGUUUUGACACCCUGACUUUGUGAAAGGCCUAUAAUGCUUCUUGUGCUAAAGAGUGUGUUGGGAUAUGUGAGGGUUAAGUAAAGACCUGGGAAACCGCUUGUGUGCUAGCAUGGUAUUAGGAAGUAAAGGCACAGACAGGCACCGUUUCUUCGCUUGACAGAUAAAGUUGCCAUCCCUAUCCCUCUCCCUUCCCUUCUGCUUAAGGAUUUUUUUCAUAGAUUCUAGGACUGGAAGGGACCUCGAGAGGUCAUCGAGUCCAGUCCCCGCCCUCAUGGCAGGACCAAAUACUGAUCGACAUUUAUCUAACCUACUCUUAAAUAUCUCCAGAGAUGGAGAUUCCACAACCUCCCUAGGCAAUUUAUUCCAGUGUUUAACCACCAUGACAGUUAGAAACUUUUUCCUAAUGUCCAACCUAAACCUCCCUUGCUGCAGUUUAAACCUAUUGCUUCUUGUUCUAUCCUUAGAGGCUAAGGUGAACAAGUUUUCUCCCUCCUCCUUAUGACACCCUUUUAGAUACCUGAAAACUGCUAUCUUGUCCCCUCUCAAUUUCUCUUUCCUAAACUAAACGAACCCAAUUCUUUCAGCCUUCCUUCAAAGGUCAUGUUCUCAAGACCUUUAAUCAUUCUUGUUGCUCUUCUCUGGACCCUCUUCAAUUUCUCCACAUCUUUCUUGAAAUGCGGUGCCCAGAACUGGACACAAUACUCCAGCUGAGGCCUAACCAGCACAGAGUAGAGCAGAAGAGUGACUUCUCGUGUCUUGCUCACAACACACCUAUUGUUAUAUCCCAGAAUCAUGUAUGUAUGUUUGUUUGUUUGCAACAGCAUCACACUGUUGACUCAUAUUUAGCUUGUGGUCCACUAUAACUCCUAGAUCCCUUUCUGCUGUACUCCUUCCUAGACCGUCUCUUCCCAUUCUGUAUGUGUGAAACUGAUUUUUCCUUCAUAAGUGGAGCACUUUGCAUCUGUCUUUGUUAAACUUCAUCCUGUUUACCUCAGACCAUUUCUCAAUUUGUCCAGAUCAUUUUGAAUUAUGACCCUGUCCCCCAAAGCAGUUGCAAUCCCUCCCAGUUUGGUAUCAUCUGCAAACUUAAUAAGCGUACUUUCUAUGCCAAUAUCUAAGUCAUUAAUGAAGAUAUUGAACAGAGCCGGUCCCAAAACAGACCCCUGCGGAAUCCCACUUGUUAUGCCUUUCCAGCAGGAUUGGGAACCAUUAACAACAACUCUCCGAGUACGGUUAUCCAGCCAGUUAUGCACCCACCUUAGUAGCCCCAUCUAAAUUGUAUUUGCAUAGUUUAUCGAUAAGAAUAUCAUGCGAGACCGUAUCAAAUGCCUUACUAAAGUCUAGGUAUACCACAUUCACAACUUGUCCCUUAUGCACAAGACUCGUUAUCCUAUCAAAGAAAGCUAUCAGAUUGGUUUGACAUGAUUUGUUCUUUACAAAUCCAUGCUGGCUAUUCCCUAUCACCUUACCACCUUCCAAGUAUUUGCAGAAGAUUUCCUUAAUUACUUGCUCCAUUAUCUUUCCUGGCACAGAAGUUAUACUAACUGGUCUGUAGUUUCCUGGGUUGUUUUUAUUUCCCUUUUUAUAGAUGGACACUAUAUUUGCCCUUUUCCAUUUUUCUGGAAUCUCUCCCAUCUCCCAUGAUUUUCCGAAGAUAAUAGCUAGAAGCUCAGAUACCUCCUCUAUUAGCUCCUUGAGUAUUCUAGGAUGCAUUUCAUCAGGCCCUGGUGACUUGCAGGCAUCUAACUUUUCUAAGUGAUUUUUAACUUGUUCUUUUUUUAUUUUAUCUGCUAAACCUAUCCCCUUCCCAUUAGCAUUCACUAUGUUAGGAUAGAUAAGCGUUGCAGCUGCAUAAGGAAUGUGGUUGUCUGAAGGAUAUCCUUUGUGUAAAGAAGUGUUAUCUCCCCCCUCCCUUCCUUUUCCAGCUACAUAAACGAGCUCGGGGUCAUGUCCCCUUCCUCCCUCACCUGUGAACUGCUGAUUAAGGGAACUUGUGUCUACAAUUACUGCAAAGAAAUGUAUCUUCAAGGUAAAAAUGUCUGUAUAAUAUGCUUAAUGCUGAAAACAGUAAACAGCUGGGUAUAAUUAUAUUCUGUAUAUAGCUAUUAAUAUUCAUUAUAUGGGCAUUCAUGUUAUCAAAUAAGGGUUUUGGGGAUGUUGUAGUAAAUGGGUAGUUACAUAUUAACUUAGGUAAAAAAGUGUGUUGUGAUUAACUUACCACUUACUUGACAAUUGGGUCAAGGGGAACAAGUACCGCAAUAAAGAAGCCUGUUUACUCAA